AUGAAUUCAUCACAUCUGUCUGCUCAGGUCUUCCAUGACAUUGCCUACAAAGCCAAGGACAGACAGGACCUGCUGGCUGGUAUUGAUGAGUUCCUGGAUAAGGUGAUUGUGCUUCCUCCUGGAGAAAAAAACAUGUAUGUAGGGGACCCUCAGAUGAACGGAGACAUACCUCAUGAUGGAGGCCAUGGUGGAGGAGGAGGAAAUGCUGUAGGAGAUGAGCUGAAGAAGACAGGAAGAAAAGUGCCUUUUUUCAGUGACUUCACUGAUGCGAUUCACAUUCAGGCUCUUUCUGCCAUUCUGUUCAUUUACUUGGGAACUGUGACAAACGCUAUUACCUUUGGUGGCCUGCUGAGCGACUCUACAGAAAACAUGCAGGGGGUGUUGGAGAGUUUUCUUGGAACAGCCAUUGCUGGAGGAGUCUUCUGUCUGUUUGCUGGUCAACCUCUAACCAUCCUCAGCAGUACCGGUCCAGUUCUGGUGUUUGAACGACUGCUUUUUAAUUUAAGCAGAGAUAACGGCUUUGACUACCUGGAGUUCCGGCUGUGGAUUGGUCUGUGGUCAGCGUUUUUCUGCCUGAUUCUGGUGGCCACUGAUGCCAGCUUCCUGGUUCAGUACUUCACCCGGUUCACAGAGGAAGGCUUGGCUUGUCUCAUCAGUUUCAUCUUCUACAAUGCCUUCAAGAAGAUGCUGAAGCUGGCUCACCACUACCCCAUCGAUUCUGGACACGACAUGGAUUACGUCACGCAGUACGACUGUAUGUGUAUGGCCCCCACUGUUUUUGACGAUGGGAGUGGUCCAAUAAACAACCCACGGUCAUCGCUAUCGAAAACCGAGUGCCUGAAGUACAGCGGGGUGCUGGUGGGUAAGGCCUGUCAUUUUGUCCCAGACAUCACCCUCAUGUCCUUCAUCCUCUUAUUUGGCACUUACACCUGCUCCAUGACCCUGAGAAAGUUCAAGACCAGUCCGUUCUUCCCCACCACUGUGAGGAAACUCAUCAGUGACUUCGCCAUCAUUUUGACCAUCCUCAUCUUCUGUGGAGUGGACAUUCUGGUGGGAGUGGACACUCCGAAACUAAUUUUGCCGAGUGCAUUCAAGUGGGUGGUGUGA